UACUGGGCAGUCAGUGUUUCAUACUGUAGCUCGGGGCCGGGCAGCUGCACACUUCACCAUUGCCGGCCUUUCGUCUGGGACGAGCCCUGCUCAGCCUGAUCUAGCUUGACCACAGGGAGCGUGUGUAAGUGUCAGGGACACACUGCCAACAUGCCUAAGGUUGCAGCGGCGGGACAGCAUGCGAAAACGGAUGCUCACAUGCGGGCAUUCGCUGAAAAGGUGUUUGCCUCUGAGACCAAGGAUGAAGAUGUCCGUGAGGAGAUCUCCAUGUUUGAUGUGGCUGACUGCCCUAUUCUUCACCAGGAGCUAGCACAUCACAUAGCCACUGCUGAUGAUACAGAGCGACGCAAGAAGCAUAUUAUGCAUUCCCAAGAGGUUCUUGUUCCUCUGCUGGAAGAGAAGCCAACGUAUUUGGAGGUGCCUCACUUCCAGAGGGUGGCCAUCACAGGAGAUUAUGCAGCUGGGGUGACCAUGGAUGACUUUGAGCUUGCCUGCAAGGGUCUGUACCGUGCAUUGGCCAUAAGAGAGAAGUACAUGAGGCUGGCCUUCCAGAGGUUCCCCAACACUGCGUCUGAGUUCCUACGCAACAUUGAGGGAGAGAAGUGGAAGCCAGAGAAUCAGAUUCAGCCAGUCUUCACUUCCCCUCCUGAACCAGGAGAAGAUCCCUUCAACACCAAGACUCUGCCCCCCAACCCUGGCUACGUGGCCCGCAUGCAUGAGGGCGUCGUCUGCAUCUACAAAGACGCAGCAGCUGCAGAUAAGAACCAGCCACUGAACCUGCCCGCUCCUGACUACGCAACCUUCAUCGAUGACAUGAACUUCCUUAUUGCCCUCAUUGCACAGGGCCCGACAAAGACAUACACCCACCGUCGUCUGAAGUUCCUCAUGUCCAAGUUCAACGUGCAUGAGAUGCUGAAUGAGAUGGAGGAGAUGAAAGAGCUGAAGAAUAACCCCCACAGGGACUUCUACAACUGUAGGAAGGUUGACACUCACAUUCAUGCUGCUGCCUGCAUGAACCAGAAACACCUGCUGCGCUUCAUUAAGAGGUCGUACCGCGUGGACGCCAAUAGAGUGGUGUACAGCAUGAAAGGCAAAGAAAUGACCAUGAAAGAGCUCUUUGAGUCACUCAAGCUGCACCCUUAUGACCUGACCGUGGAUUCACUGGAUGUGCAUGCCGGCAGACAAACCUUCCAGCGCUUUGAUAAGUUCAAUGCCAAGUACAACCCUGUGGGUGCCAGUGAGCUCCGUGACCUUUAUCUGAAGACUGAGAAUCACAUUGGAGGAGAAUACUUUGCCACCAUCAUCAAGGAAGUGGCUGGUGACCUGGAGGAUGCCAAGUACCAGUAUGCUGAACCUCGUCUGUCCAUUUAUGGGUGCAAUUCCAAUGAAUGGACAAAGCUGUCCAGCUGGUUCAACAAACACAGGGUAUUUUCUGCCAACCUCAAGUGGAUGAUUCAAGUACCCAGAAUCUAUGACAUUUUCAGAGCAAGGAACUUUGUACCACACUUUGGAAAGAUGCUGGAGAAUAUAUUUCUCCCCGUUUUCCAGGCCACCAUUGACCCUCAAUCCAACCCUGAGCUGGCCGUCUUCCUGAAACAUGUCACAGGUUUUGACAGUGUUGAUGAUGAAUCUAAACACAGUGGUCACAUGUUCUCCACCAAGAGCCCUAAGCCAGAUGAGUGGGACAUUGUGAAGAACCCAUCUUACACUUACUACAUCUACUACAUGUAUGCCAACAUCGCGGUGCUCAACCAACUGCGCAGGGAGAGAGGCUUGAACACAUUCCUGUUCAGGCCUCACUGUGGGGAGGCCGGAGCUGUCACUCAUUUGCUAGCCUGCUUUAUGACUGCCGACAACAUCUCUCAUGGUCUCAACCUCAAGAAGAGCCCAGUCCUGCAGUAUCUGUACUUCCUGGCCCAGAUUCCAAUUGCCAUGUCUCCCCUCAGCAACAACAGCCUGUUCCUGGAGUACAACAAGAACCCACUUUUGGAGUUCCACAAGAAGGGUCUGGUAGUGUCUUUGUCCACUGAUGACCCCAUGCAGUUCCACUACACCAAGGAGCCACUGAUGGAGGAGUACGCCAUCGCAGCUCAAGUGUUCAAACUCAGCACCUGCGAUAUGUGUGAAAUCGCUAAGAACAGUGUCCUGCAGAGUGGCCUGUCGCAUGAGGAGAAGGUCCACUUCCUGGGGACAAAUUACCUGAAGGAGGGCCCGGAAGGAAAUGAUAUUCGCAAGACAAAUGUGGCUCAGAUCCGUAUGGCCUAUCGCUAUGAAACUCUUUGUUAUGAGUUCAGUCUCAUUAAGGAAGGUGUAAAGGGUGACUAAAAGGCUCUAUUUUGUCUGUUUCUCUCUCUCUCUCACACACACACACACACACACACACACACACACACACACACACACACACACACACGCCAGAGAGACAGUCGUCCUAAAAUAACCUUAAACGUUACACCCAUUAAUUUUUUCAUGUCUUAAAAAUAUAUAUUUAAUGCAAUAAUAAUACAUUUGCUGAAUUGGAAUUUGUUAUUAAAUGUCAUAAAAGAGGUGCAAUAGUUGCAUCUAGUGUUUACUGUUACAUUAUAUAAAGCAUAAGCAAAUAUAUAACAAAACAUAAUCAAAUAUACAGAACUGAGGCCCUUAAAGUGAUGAUUACCCACCCAAUUAUUGUCAUAUGGAAUGAAUUCCACGAGACUAAUGUUUCAGAUAAUGUUCUGAAUUACAUAUAUCAAAUAAGCCUUCAAUAGAUGAAUAAACUAUUGUGUGGUGAAGCUA